UGGAUGGCCAUAUGUCAGGGAUGCAUUAGUUCAGAUUCCGGCAUUGCAGGGGGUUGGACUAGAUGACCCUCGGGGUCCUUCCAAUUCUACAAUUCUAUGAUUCAUGCCUUUCGCUGAACAAAACCAGCAGCAACAGUUGCGCCUGCAAAUCUUAGUCCCUUCUUCACCAGGGGGGGCUAAGAGGCCGCCCGAGCUAUGCGCGUUCGAGGUGCCUGGAAUCGUCCUCCCUUCCCUGCCUCCCGACCAAAGGGAGGCUUCCCCUCACUCAGCGCGGGAUCCAUCGGCCGGGUUUUCCUUCUCUCCCGCCGCCCAGCCGCGGCCCGUCCCUUCCAAAGUGUCAAGGGAGGCUCCGGACAGGGGAGGGCGCCGCGCAUGCGCAAAUGCGCCCGAGGCCUGAGGCCUACCCUGGUUGGAUUCUGGCGAGAGGUUCCGGGGCUUCGGGCCGGCGUUGAGCCCCCUUGCGUUCUUUCUCUGGCCGGAGCAGCAAGAAUGUGGAGCCGUAAGAGUUUAUUGUGCCACUGCUAGUGGCAGAGACAUACGAUCUAGACAUGUCUUACCGAGGCACUGAGCGAGACUUCCAAACCUCGGCACGGAGGAUGGGGACCUCUCUGCUUUUCCAGUUGUCAGUCCAUGAAAGAGAACUAGACCUGGUCUUCCUGGACCACAGCUAUGCCAAGCCAUGGAGCGCCCACCCUGAUGCCAGCAAUGCCCGUCCCACCCGUCUGCUGUUCGUCACUCCCAAGAGACACCAAGAUAGCAACGCCAUUGAGGCAGAUGUUCCCAUUGAUGUGGAAACAGUGACACCCACACCUGUGCCACUCUACGACAACCAGAAGGCCCGCACUGUGAUGAAUGAGUGUGAGCGCCAUGUGAUAUUUGCCCGCACAGACACUGAUACGCCACCUCCACCUGAUGACUGGGAGGAGCAUAUGAACAGAUCUGGCUGGACAAUAGCCCAGAAUAAGCUGUUCAAUAAAAUCCUCAAAGCUUUACAAUCUGACAGGCUGGCCCGGUUAGCCAAUGAAGGGGCUUGCAACGAACCAGUGCUCAGGAGGAUAGCAGUGGACAAAUGUGCCCGGCGUGUCCGUCAGGCUUUGGCAAGCAUCAGUUGGGAUACCAAGCUGAUCCAGUGGCUUCACUCAACGCUGGUGGAAACCCUUAGUUUGCCUAUGCUGGCUGCUUACCUAGAUGCCCUGCAGACUCUUAAAGGAAAGAUUCCCAUCCUCAUUGAUCGGAUGCUGUUGUCCUCAACUGCAAAGACAGGAGCGGCAGGAGCUGAGGCCCUCUCCCUCUUGCUGAAGCGUCCAUGGGAUCCAGCCAUAGGUGUCCUUUCACAUAACAAACCAAGCAAGUUGCCUGGUUCUCCUCUUAUCCUGUUAGCAUCUUCUGGACCCUCCAAUUCAAUGUUUCCUACUUCUCGGCGGCAUCGGUUCUGGCAGUCACAACUCUCUUGCUUGGGAAAGGUGAUCCCUGUUGCUACCCAUUUAAUGAAUAACGGCAGUGGUGUUGGAGUGUUGCAAUGCCUGGAGCACAUGAUCGGUGCUGUGAGAGGCAAAGUUACGGAGAUCCACAACCAUUUCUCUCACAAACCAGUAAUCCUCAUUGGCUGGAACACAGGAGCUCUGGUGGCCUGUCAUGUUUCAGUGAUGGAGGAUGUCAGUGCUGUUGUGUGUCUUGGAUUCCCUCUCUUAACUGUGGAUGGGCCCAGAGGGGAUGUUGAUGACCCACUUCUGGACAUGAAGACUCCAGUUCUUUUUGUGAUUGGUCAGAACUCCCUCCAGUGCAAUAGUGAAGCCAUGGAAGAUUUCCGGGAGAAGCUUCGAGCUGAGAACAGCCUAGUCGUGGUUGGAGGAGCUGAUGAUAAUCUGAGGAUUAGCAAAGCCAAAAAGAAAUCAGAAGGCCUGACUCAGAGCAUGGUGGACAGGUGUAUACAGGAUGAGAUAGCUGACUUCCUAACUGGAGUGCUCACCCGGGCAGACAGCCAUUCGGGCUCUGACCCUCGGGACCUAGACGCUGAGAAGAAGAAGAAAACGACACGUGACUUGGCCAGGCGGGAUCUGUCCUUUGACAUGCCAGAAAGAAGCAGCCGGCCAGCCUCCCCUGCAGCCAAGGUCCCGGCUUCACCUUCUGGGUCAGAGGAUCUCUCCAGCGUAUCCAGCAGCCCCACCUCCAGUCCUAAGGCUAAAAUGGCCACUGUGUCAACAGUUCAGAAAUCCAGUCAGAUUGGGGCUACCCAGUUGCUGAAGAGGUCCAUGCAGCGGACAGAGGCUGCUGCAGCAGCGCUGACCCACAAGCAGGCUCAAGCUCAGUUUGCUGCCUUUCUGAAACAAAACAUGCUGGUGAGGAAAUCUCUUCCUCCUGGCACCUCUUCAUGCCUCUUUGUCUCUUCAGAGCAGCAGUCAGAGGCCAGGGAGAAAGAAGAUGUGCGAAUGCAGCUGAAGAGGCACCAGGCCCCCAGUCCAACUCACUGCAGCAAAUCUUCCAAGCGAGCCAAAAUCAAGGUGACCAUCGUCUCCCAUGGAGAAGCUGCUGACACAGGGAACGGAGCACCCUUAGAGGCACCACCAGAAAUAGCUGCAGGGAAGCCUAUUGCUGCAACCUUGGGACCAUCCACCUUGGGAGUAAAGGAGGUGCCUGGAUUGCUUGCCACAUCCAAGCCAAGUUCUGCUGCAGACAGCCCCUCUAUCAGUCCCACCCCCUUGGCCACGAUCCCUAGCAGCACAGCCCCAAGUGCUUUCCAUGCUCUGCAGAACAGGCUGGUGGCAAGUGGCACACAUUGUAUGCAGGCCCAGCCGAGCAACGCUGUCCAAGGGGCAGCUUCUGCCAGCAGCCUCCUGCAAGGCUUGAGCUUCAGCCUGCAGGACAUUGGCACAAAGCCAGCCGCUCUCUCAACAAGUGUUGCUGCUGCUGCUGCUGCUACAGGGCCUUUGGCUCAGACCUCAGCGCUGAAGACCUCAGCCCCACUCCAGAACCUGAGCACCAUCACCACAAGUGCAGGCACCAUUGUCCGCACCAUCCCAGUUGCCACAACCUUGGCAUCUCUUGGAGGCUCGGCAAGUGGGAAGCCCACCACUAUUCACCAGCUGCUUACCAAUGGGGGGCUGGCAAAACUUGCAAGCAGCCUUCCUGGCUUGGCUCACAUCUCUGGUCAGGGGACAGGCUUAAAAGCUCCAACCACCAUCACAGUGACUCUGCGGGGACAGGCCAGCCGAGUCACGACCCUCAGCCAGGCAGCCAUGGGAAGCAUCCAGCCCCAUCUGGAAGAGCAGCAGCAGCUGCUACUACGGUCCCCACCACCCCCACCUCCACCCCAGAUCGCAGAUAGUGCAGUUGGAAACUUCACCAGUGCAGCUUCCAGCUCCACUCCUUCCAGCAAGUUGUUGCCUCAGGGGGAACUUGGCAAAGCCAAGGCUGGCAUAGAGAUGCCUCCUACUGAACCAACAUCUCAACCAACCUCAGCGCCACCACCAGCACUAUCUGUAGUAACCACAAGCCCCAUGAAGACGCUGUAUGUGAUGUCAGAUGCCAAACUGUCUGCACUCACAAAAUCUGUCAUGGCAGAGGCCGCUUCCGUCUCUGUGAAGCCCACAGCAGUCCAAACUGCCGUUGCUUCCUCCAGCUCCUCCUCAGCCCCCAUGGGAGCUGUGACCUUCGCCACCUCCACCCCAGCCAGCACACCCUGCAGCCUUGUGCAUUCCAAAAUGGGACCUGUUCUGCAGACAACAUCCAAGACUGUGAUACUGACUUCUACACUAACAGCCAUGAAGGGUGACCGAGCCCUAGGACAGAGGGUGGAGAAGGUUAAUCUGACCAAAGGCCAUGCACUUGGGACUGUGGAAACCCUGGGCAGGGUGCCUUCUGUCAUGGACGACAGCAGUACCAUCAUCCACACCAGGGAGAGUCUUGCAAACAGACACUUACUUCCACAAGGCAUGUUGUCCACUGGAGCUGGCACCACACUUAUCACGUUGGGCAAUAACUUGACCAGCUCUUCCAUCAUAGCCACAGCUGGGCCUGCUCUCAGCCAGAAGCCAUAGCAAGGAGGCAUCAUGCCAGUCUACCAUGGAACUGUUUGGCCUUUGCAACGGAAGCAGGGGUAUUGUUCUCUCAUUCCUGUCCUUCAUGACAAGAGGACCAUUCAUCUGUUUUGUUCCUUUGUCACUUUUAAUAAACGUAUCUUUUUGUGUACAUAACUUUCUUUAAUCUAUUAAGGGGAAAAUGUUGAAAUCUUCACAAGCGCUGAAUGUAGAUUGCUGGGUGCUUCUAGGUUUGUUUCUUACAAAAACAUUUUACAGAUAGUGAAAUGUUUUUUUACCUCGUACGGGGAGCAAAACAUUUUGCCUAACUGGACAUCCCUUACAGGCAGCAAUUGUAUUAAGAAUAUCAGUUCUUGAUUCCUGUCCCCUGAGCUAGUAAGUUCUAAAGUGGAGGGGGCAUCUUCAUGAGGCCAUGCUGCCAGGACUCUCCAAACAGAAAGGCUUUAGUGGUUAUGCAUGGCUGAGUAGGAUACCUAAAAGCAGCAGUAUUGGCACGCCUUGCUGAUGAUUCCCACCUCCAUAAUGCUCAAGUACAAAAAGCAUUAUCUGAAUUUAACAGAUCUGUGUACUCAAUCCCUUUUUUGCUGCAGAACUACCUAGGUGUGUCAAAGGCCUACAUUAAAGAACAAGACAGGCCCACAACAGUAAAACAAUGUGUGCAGAGAGCCUCUACUACCCAAAUAGGUGCUUUUUAUUCAUCUUCCACAAUUAGAAAUGUGACAUUAAACCUGUGGAGGUUCCUUUUCUGCAGGGGAGGGAUUCCUUGGAUGUGUUGCCCCCUACCACUUGUUCCACUAGCCAGGCCUAUGCAAAAAAAGUUACCCUCCCCACUGCAGGAAAAUAUCUUUUGCCAGUCUUUUCACUGACACCUCAUUUGUCAGAGGAUGGAGAGUAGCAGCAGAAAGGCUUGGAUGUGGGACUAACUUGGCAAACGAGCUCAGAUAUUUGCAACCCCAAUCCCACUUCUGAAAACAUAAGUAGAGGUAAUCCUGGUUUCUGACUACAAGGCAAUAUGCUAGUGAGCCAGGUUCAAGGUUCUUGUGUUGAUAUGCAAAGGCCUGCCAAGUUAAUCAUAUAAAGUAUAAUUUAUUAUCCAUCUGGGGUAAAACGAGUCAUCUUGAAGCUAGACAAUGCCAUUCUGAAGGAAACAAGCAGACGAAGACUGAGACAAUUAAAUCAUACAAACGCUAUUAACAUUUCUGUCCCCAAACAGCCUUUAAAUGAUUUCUUUUAAUGGAAUGGAAAAUGAGCUGGAAUUCUGAUACAAGUCCAAACAAGUUUCCGUAACUGAAACAAACACUGGAGCAUCUCCCAUUUUGUUACUUGAUUAAUAGUGAUAUUACUUAGUUGGGCUCCUUAUGAUCAGGUAUUUAAUGUUACUAGGUCUUACACACAUGAUCACAUCUACAUAUCCAAACAAUCUGCUAUGGCUGUAAAUGGCAGCUGCCA